AUGGCCAAAGCUAUGGAGUCACAGACGCCAUAUUUGCUGCAUCCUCUAGAGAAGUGUCCUCCUGGGGCCAGCCCAGCACAAGGUCCUGAUCAUACUUACAGCAGCCCCGCGGUCUGUUGCUUUCCUGCGUUGGAUACUCAGACACCUCUAAUUCCUGGGUUCUGUGUUCAUGUGGUUUCUGGAGAGGCCUUUUGUCUGCUGGUGGAUUUUGGGGAUACUUCUUGGGCUGAAAUGAGGCUCUGCAACAUGACCAAGACAAUGAUGGUAACUGCCUGCCACCAGUACAGGAAAGAAGGAGUCUAUAAGCUCAAGGCUGUUCUUUGUGAGUUGUAUGGUGUGGAAGUGGAGCUUGGGCCUUAUUAUGUGAAAACUGGCAGUGAGGCUAUGUCAGUGUUCAUGAAUUCCAGCAGCAUCCAUCAGGGGGAGGUCCUUGUCUUUGCCAAUUCCAACCUGAAGCAGAAAAGUACUAUUGUAAUACAUCGUUUUUCAUCCAUCUCAUCAUACAAUGUGUCCUUUAUUUCUCUGUCCCAAGCUGGUGGCCGCCAGCCUUGGCCCAGUGUGACUGUUCGGUAUGAGAUGCAAUCUGUCUCUGUCUACACAAAUGGAACUGUGUUUGCUGCAGACACAGAUAUCACCUUUGUGGCUGUUAUCAAGGAAACCAUACCCCUGGAGUUUUCCUGGUAUUUUGGAGAUGAUCCACCAGUGCUGACAACUUCCAGAAGUAUUAGAAGAAGGCUCCACCUCCCUAAGUGGUACCACGUGACAGUCAAGGCUUCCAGUGGGAUGGACAGUGUGGUCUCAGAGCCACAUCUCAUCAGGGUGCAGAAGAGAAUUGUGGCCAAUCGGCUCAUGUCUACCUCCUCAGCCUUGGUAAACACCAGUGUGGCCUUUGAGUGCAGAAUCAACUUUGGCACAGAUGUUGCCUAUUGGUGGGACUUUGGGGAUGGUAUUGUCAGCUCAGGGAGCAGCUCCACCAGCCACAUCUACAGCAGGGAGGGAGAAUUCAGAGUGGAGGUCCUGGCCUUUAAUAACGUCAGCUCUGCCGUCCUAAGAAAGCAGCUUUUCAUUGUGCAGGAGCCCUGCCAGCCACCCCCAGUGAAGAACAUGGGGCCUGCCAAGGUCCAGAUAUGGCGGUCUCAGACCCUGAGACUGGAAGUAACGUUUGAAGCUGCUGUCCUCUGUGACAUCUUCCAAGGUCUUUCUUACACCUGGAACUUUCUGGACUCCCAGAGGUCUCUCAUUGUCCUCCCUGCUGGCAUCCACACUCACAGACAGGCCAUCCUGCUGCCAAGCUACACGCUGGAGUGUGGGAACUACACCGCCAUUGCGAAGGUGCAGAUCAAGGGCAGUGUGGUACACAGCAACUACUGCGUAGCUGUGGAGGUGCGAUCCAGGGUCCCUGUCAGUGUGAUCUCAGCGGGCACGCACCUCUUUGUCCCCAGGGUCGCCCUGGUCCCCAUCGUCCUCAGUGGGUCUCACUCCUACGACCCUGACAACCCAGGCGCCAUUCUCAGGUAUCUCUGGGCAUGCACAGUUGCCAGCUCACCUGGACGGCCCUGCUUUGACAAUGCCACGCCCCGCCAACUGGAUGCCAGAGCUCCCACUGUUUCCUUCCUGGCCGAGUGGCUCAGUGGAUGCUGUGACCAGUUCCUUGUGACUCUGACUGUCUCCAGUGGUGGCCGGAACUCUUCUGAGGCCCAGGUGUUCCUGUCUACCCGCGACGACCCAGCCUUCAGAUUCAUCCAUCUCUUCUGGGUGAACUUUAAAGACAUCCAUGUCAACUGGAAUGAAGAACUUUCUCUCCAGGCUGUGUGUGAACUCUGCGAAGACAUCCAUGACCUUUCUUACUCCUGGGAUCUCUUCUUAGUUAAUGCAACAGAAAAGAACAGGAUGGAAGUUCCCUUUUGUAGCACUGUGGGGCUGCUGGGUGCUUCAGCCCUUGAGGCCGUUUUGAAGUCAUCAGAGUCCAAUCUACUGGCUGCAGAGCCAAGCAUGGCAGAUGGUAAUGGAAGACCCACACUGUCCUGGCUGGGGCCUUCACUCUCCACCCUGGCUCCGCCCAUCAUUUCAGUCACAGAGAGCAUGCCCAUGAAAGAUGGCUACUAUCUUCCUGCUGGUGGUGAUACCAUGGCCCCAGCAGAGUCUCCUGAGGAUGAGCUGCAGAGCCUAGAGUCAGGGUCCCUGGCGGAGGGAAGCUGGCCCCAGCCCAGCAUCUCCCCUGCCCUGGAUGAUUUUGAAGCUUAUUACAGCGACAUCCAAGAAGCAGUGCCAUCCAGGGGAAGACAGCCAGGGAACAAUAUCAGCCCCCCUGGACAAGGAUCCAGCCCUCGGGCUGAGGGGAACCCCUACGAUGGGGAUAAUCUGCUGGGUCCCUUCCUCUCCCCAAGCAGAGCAGGGCCAGUUCUCAUGACCGACUGGCACAAGACCCAGGUCAGACCCGCUGUUUUCCAAGGCUACACAGCAUCAGGUAUCACAGGAUCAUCUGUGACAAUAAAGCCCUACUCCCUGAGCAGUGGAGAGACGUAUGUUCUACAAGCAUCUGUGGCUUCCAAGCAUGGCUUACGAGGCCGAGCUCAGCUCUACUUCACAGUCAACCCGACUCCACAAGACAUGGCCUGCCAGAUAUGGCCCCACCAUGGUCUUGAGGCACAGACCAUCUUUAGUGUUUUCUGCCUGUCAGUGAAUCCGGACUUUCACUAUGAAUUUAGUUACCGGCUUGGAAAUGCCUCCAAACACACUCUGUACCGUGGAAGAGAUACCCAUUAUUACUUUGCACUGCCAGCUGGCGAGCCCUUGGACAGUUACAAAGUCAUGGUUUCCACCGAGAUCACAGAUGGAAAAGGCUCCAAGGUGCAGCCAUGCACUGCAACAGUGACCGUGAUGCCCCGUUUCCACGGGAACAGCUGCCUCAGCCAGGACCUAUAUAAUUCCAGCCUGAAAAGCUUGUCUACCCUCCAGCUGAUGGGGAGUCACAGGGAAGCAAGGAACUUCAUCACCAUGAUCACUGGAAUCCUGAGACGUUUGUCUAAGGAGAACAGAAGUACUUCAUGUGGCCAGUGGUUGCAAACGCAAGAUGUGUUAAUUUCUUCCUUGUGCAAAUUAGUGUUUACAGAUCAGGAAGAAAUAAUUGAUUCUAUUCUUUUAUUAAGAGACCUCAUAAGUCUUCCUCAUAAGUUAAGCUUUGUUAGUGCAGUACACAUUCUCAGGUACUCCCGGAUACUCCUUACUCAUGGCCAGUUCUUGGAAAGAUUUGUGGUUGACAAAGGACUUGGUCUUGAACUUAUCCUACUCAUUGCUGGAGUCUGGGAAGCCAGCACACAAGAAAACUUGACAAAUGAGGACUAUCUACAAGAAGAAGGAAUGAAGGUCAUCUCAGAUGUGUUGCUAAAGUGUCUUUCUUUGAGCCAUGAGCGUCAAUUCCAUAUGAGCACUGGGCAGAUGGAAUUCUGGAUCCUUCUUCAUCACAACCUUCAGAGCUCUGUUCAGAGCCUGGGCUCUGUCCAGGUGCAUUUACCUGGUGACCUGGCUUGGCACACUCUUGCUCAAGAAGAAAUGCAAAGCCCAUGCUACAUAAGCCAACUCCUGUUCUUCAAAAAGAGCCCCUAUCCAAGGGUACCGGAUCCUGGGCAGGUUGGUGUUGUCGUGGGCAUCACCCUCUACAGCUGCUCCAGCAGAAGGCCCAUCCCAAGAGGACGGCUGCAGACACCCAUGACUGUGGAGUAUGGGGAGGAAGAUAGUCCUGAUAAUAACGGAAACACAACGACGUUUGUAUUGCUGCGGAAUCAGGUGAACUUCCACCAGUUCACUGGGCUUUCUGGAAACUCCCAGGGAUCUCUACAGAUACACAUUGAAUUUUCUAAUGUAAAGACAAGGGCAUUUCCUGUCAUGUUGCUAGUCAGAUUCUUCGAGAAGCCUACUCCUUCUGAUUUUCUUGUGAAACAGACCCACUUGUGGGGUGAACAAACUGUAGACAUUUACAUACCUGUUGUUCUGCAGAAAGGAGCCAACAUGGGAUAUUUAUCCCUACUGGAUGCUGAUUAUGACAGAAGACCUCCCAACAAGAACUUCACUAAGGCUGUGAAGUAUACAGUAUGUUUCCAGUGGCUCCAGUGCAUGUUUUGGGACAAGAGAGAGUGGAAAUCGGAAAGUUUCUCUCCACAACAAGGAGCUUCUCCAGGAAAAGUUAACUGCAGCUACCAUCGCCUGGCAUCCUUCUCUCUCCUAAGAAAAAAAUUGAAUGCCAGUCUUGAAGUGAGUGACAUUUCCGAGUUACAGAAACACCCACAAAACCUGUUUCCCAGUAUCUUCAUUGUGGUCUUUGUGAUUCUUUACGGAGUUUUGAUUACUAAAACCAGACAUGUAGAUUGUCAUAACAAAAAGAAAACUGAAUAUAUCUUUCUUCAAGAAGACAUGCCACCUGGCCACCACCUGUAUGCACUUGUCCUAGCCACUGGCUUCCGGUCUCCGGCCAGGUUUACAUCAAAGGUUUUCGUUGUUUUCUGUGGUGAAAAUGGGCUUUCGGAAACCAGAGAACUCUACUCUCCAGAGAAGCCCCUAUUCCAAGGGAAUUCCAAGCACACUUUUAUCCUGAGUGUAUCUGCGCGGUUGGGUCCACUCCAGAAGAUCUGCCUGUGGCAUGACUGCCGGGGACAUUCCCCCAGCUUGUUCAUCAGCCACAUGAUGGUGAAGAACUUGUGCUCAGGACAAGGCUGGUUCUUCCAUGCCCAGUGCUGGCUGGCUGCGAGCCGAGGCGAUGGCCGUGUGCAGCGGGAGUUCACUUGCCUGCACCAUGGACUUGGCUUCCAGAAGCUUUUCUAUUCAAAGUUCACGGAGUACUUGCAGGAGUCCCACAUCUGGCUCUCAGUGUACAGCUGGCUUUCCUCCAGUGGUUAUCUGCAUGUACCUCGGCUGGCUGUGUCCUUCUGCCUACUAUGUGUCUAUGCUUACCUUGCUGCCCUGGUCACUUCAGGAGGACAUGAGCAGCCUCUUCUAGUUUUUGGGCCUGCUGAUAUCACUCUCAGAUCGCUUGGCCUGAGUCUCCUGUGCACCUUCCUGGCGGCUCCAGCAGCACAUCUUGUGUCACUACUCUUUGGGCUCAGAAAGGAAGCCACAGCAUGUCCCCCAGCUACAGUAGGGCCAUCUGUGAAAGGAACACAGCUGGAUGCACUUCAGGGCCAUAAUUGCUGUGGUAGGAUACCAGAUGUGAGGGAACCCUAUACGCUUUCUGUACCAGCCAUUCCCUCUGGAAGUAACCUUAUGCGGAGGAAGGGAGUAAAUGACAGUGAUGCAGCUGGUACAACCCUGGAGCUGGAGGCCAGUGUGGCAGGCCACUGUGAGACAGCCCUGAAGGAGAAGAGUCACAAGCCUACCCCAACACGAAGUGAUGUCCACGUGGAUUGCACUCCUAGCACUGGUUUUGAAGGAUUUAUGCCCUGGAGGUCUAGGGCCUACCCACCUUGGCUGAGCUCUGCAGGCUGGAUCAUGUGUGCAUUGGUUUCCCUGGCCUGUGGUGUGGGGACAGGCUUCCUUGGCUACAGGUUUGUCCCAGCACAGUGUGUGCAGUGGCUGUGCCUGCUGUUGCUCUCUGUGGUCUGCUGUGCGUUUGUCACCCAGCCACUCAUGAUCUGCUGUAUGGCGCUGGCUUUUGCUUGGAAAAGAAAAGACGACAAGGACUUUUUUACUGGGUCCUUAUGUGAGGCAACGAGGAGUCUAGCUUUGGAACUGAGCGUGGGCUCAGGAGCCCACCCUGCCCUUUCUCCCAGCGGGGCCCUUGUCUGUGCAGGGGAGGCAGAAAAGGUCUUGGCUGCCCGUCGCCGUGAGCGCCACCUGCGCUGGGCACGGCCACCAUCCAUGGCCCAACUGAGGGUCAUCCGAGAAAGGCUGAGAAGACAGGGCCACACCCAGGCAGCCCUGAGAGACAUCUGCAUGUCCAUCCUCACACUGCUUCUGCUUUUGCUGAUAAUCUACGGGAAAGUUUCCCCAGAGGAACGUUCUCUCAAUCAAGCUUUCCGGAAGGAAUUUAUGAGAGAGGCCAGGAAUUACCUAGGGGACCUGAGAGGCCCUGACGGCUGGUGGGACUGGUGUGUGACCGCGCUGCUGGAUGGGCUGUACCCAGAAGGCCUCUCUGCUGCUGGCCAGGUGCCUAGGACUCAGCCAGGAGCUCUUGGAGGAAAAUGCUACCUCCUCGGUACCCCUGUGAUCAAGCAGCUCAAAGUCUUUCCCUGUGGUCCGUGCAAGUCUCCCAGGCCAUUCUGGAUGCUCAUUGGAGACUCUGAUCCCAUGUGUAGCCCUGAAACCCAAGGCCUUGAGAAUCAAAGUGUGGUCUCCUGUAGUCCUGAGGCCUGUGGGGCCAGAAAAGAGGCCUGUGUGCAUAGCCUGGGAAGAACAAGGCCCAAAGCCCAUGCAGCCCUGGCUGCCCUGAGGGCCAGCAGGUGGAUUGACCAGAGCACCAGGGCAGUGUCUGUGCACUUUACCCUCUACAACCCUGCAGCCCGACUCUUCUCCAGCGUGAUCCUGAGUGUGGAGAUUCUCCCUACUGGAGGCCUGACCCCCUCUUUCCUAGUGCAAUCCUUCAGCAUCUUCCAUAAUGACUCAGCCCCCCAGUACUAUCUCAUGCUUCCCAAGCUCAUCUUCCUGGUGCUCCACGUGGCCCAUCUCUGCCUUCAGCUCUGUGGGACUGCUGAGGAGGGUCUCCUCAGCUGCUGGCGGAAGCCCAGAACCUGGCUCGAGCUCUCCGCGGCCGGGGCGGCCCUGGCCUCCUGCGCGGCCUCGGGCCGCCUCGCCGCGCUCGCGGAGGACGCGGCUGACCAGCUCGGCCGGGGACGCUGUCUGGCGUGCGUGGACCUCCUCCCGGUGGCGCGGUGGAGUCAGAGGGUGCAGUGGCUCCAGGGACUCCUCUCCUUCUUCUGGAUGUGGAAAUGCAUUCAUGCUCUUGGCUUUCUGAACAAAAUGGUGUCCUGCUCUUCCAGGAUGUGCCUGUUUCUCAUCAGAGUCUUUGCCCCAGUGCUGGCUGGAGUCCUAUUACUGGCUGCCCACUUCCACCUGCUCUCGUUUCUGCUCUUCACCUGGGUGCUGCCAUCUAAUCCCUCUGCAGACCCCAUCCAUAGGCUGCCUUUUCGUUUUCUGGGAAGAAACCAGAAGGAUUUCUUCCACAGCCUCUCAGAGGCCGGCCGGCGAUCCACAGCUUGCUACUGUGUGGCAUUCUUCCUACUGAUGGCCACCAUGUCGUUCAGAAUGCUAAGUUCUUGCUUCCAGAUCUUUUUCCGAAAAAGAAAAUCUCCACACCGUCAAUCUCUUGUAACACUUAAAGAUGUUGCUGCUGAUGUGUGGAAGGAGGUGCAGACUUUGCUAGAGCUGGAAAAGCCAAAGGUGGAAGAGACUGAGGAGACUGGAGAGCAUAAUUACUACCUGGAUGAAUGUUCACUUCUGAUCGAUGAGCUUCUGAGGAAGAUUAAUGGUUUGUCUGAUAGCCUAGAACUUCCUGGUCUAGAAAACCAACCUGGAAGAACUGUGGAGAGGAGGGCGGAUGAUUCUCUGCUAGCAGGCAUUUCACAGUACUAAGUUACUAGGCAGACAAGAGAAUGACUUCAUCAGAAAUGUGCAUUUGGGUACCUCGUCUCUCCACCCUACUCUUGGUUUAUCCAUUCCUGGCUUAUCUUUUCUGGAUGAAACCCCUCAGCACAACAGCCCUGAAGUCACAGGCCAUCCACAAUUUCUCUGCUUUCUACUUGACAAGAUUCUGGCUUUGUGGAUGGCCUGAAGCAUCUGUUUCCACUUCCACUGUACCAAGACCCAGCCAGGAAGAGGGAUGAGCCCUGAGCUCUGUCAGAUUCUGUAGAAGUUGAGUCAUGCUGGGAUCUCCUCAACUCUAGGUUCUUUGGGGUUACAAUAUGCCAGUGUCAGUAACCACACAUCUCUAUCGAGUACACUGGCGGGGCCUUUGCUGGGAGAAUACCUGGCGAUCUGGCCAAGGCACUGAUGCAGAAGUGCGAGCACGCACACCCACAUCAAGGUCAAGGGAGCUGACAACUCGUUCCUCAAGACAACAUGCUUCAGCCCAUGGGUGUCAUGAGUAGCUUGCCACAACCACUUGGAAACUGAUACUGGAAACAGUCUGCCAAGAAGCAUGCAGCCUGCAUAUACUGCCUUUGCAGUCUGACCACUCCAGCAGGGUGGCAGGGACGGUUGGACACAAGUGGCCUCUGCCUUGCUUGAGGACCCCUGGCCAAGCUUCAGUCACUGGCCUCCAACUCUACUUCUGCUCCACGUGUGCUGUGGACCCAAGGAAGACAAAUGAAAGGAUUGGGGCAUUGGCCCAGAACAAACCUGUAUCCAGGACUUUUUUCUUUUUGUCCAGAA